AUGUCAAAGUUCCUGUUUUCUGCCAUCAGCGGAACUCGUCGUCCCACACACCUGGAAGAGCCCUGGCUUGCCGAAGAACACAUCCUAUCAAUGCUGUUACGCGGAGAGGUGCGGAAGACGAUCGUUUCUAUCCAGAAAAACCGCUCCGUGAUAAUAGAAGUCAAGAGUUUAACGGCACCAGCAGGGACGAUCACCGCCACGUGUAGCCUACACGAUUGUGUGGGUUUCUUAUACAAGGUCGAUGGCGAAGAUGGGGAGCGCUGGAGAGGAGAUCGGAAGCGCUUAAGACUACACUUUGGGGAUCUCUAUGUCGUUAACUAUGGCCACAAAGUGGUACUAGGAAAAAGUCUGGAGGACGCGCUGCUCAAUGGCACUACUAAUUCCGCAACCAUCCACAAUAUUUGCGGCGGGAAAAGGCUGCGCCGCCGUCUGGAAAAUCUGGCCGGGAGGAACGGGGAGUAA